UGGAUGUAUUGCAUUUCAGUGUUGCCAUCAGAUUUUAAAGAAGAGGUCCCUGAGGAACAGAAUCCUGAUGUGGACCAGAAGGAGCUGGAGCUACUCCACAUAAAGGAGGAAAGUGAAAGAAUCUGGGCCAACCAGGAUGGAGAGCAACUGAGUCGGAAGGAGGGAACUGAGGAUACAAAAUUUCCAUUAACUGCUGUUCAUAUGAGGAAUGAAGAGGUUGGAGAGAAACCUCUAUUCUCUUACUUUCAUCAACAGAAAACAGAAGUCAGAGAUUUUCCAGCCAGCACUUCAGCAGACUAUAUAAAAGAGAAAAGUAAAGAAGAUGACUCAAAUGUAGAUUCAAUGUAUCUAAAGACAAACAUAACAAUCCACACCAGAAAGAAAUCCCUUGGUUGUGAUGCAUAUGGUAACAGAUGUUCCUCAAAGUCAGAUUUAAAUAUUCGUUUAAGAAACGACACAGGAGAGAAAUCAUUUGGUUGUGAUGCAUGUGGCAGAAAAUUUUCCAGGAAGUCAAAUUUAAAAACUCAUAUGAAAAUCCACACAGGUGAGAAACCCUUUUGCUGUGUCACAUGUGGUAAAAGAUGGUCCUCAAAGUCUGACUUAAAUAUUCACGCGAGAAUCCACACGGGGGAGAAACCGUUUUGUUGUGAGGCAUGCGGGAGAAGAUUUUCAAGGAAGUCAAAUUUAAAAACUCAUGCGAAAAUCCACACAGGAGAGAAACCCUUUGGCUGUGUUGCAUGUGGUAAAAACUAUUCCUCAAAGUCAGCCUUUACUAGUCAUAUGAGCAUUCACACAGGAGAUAAACCGUUUGUUUGUGAUGCAUGUGGGAAAAGAUUCCCCUUGAAGACAGAACUAAUUAGACACGUUAAAAUCCAUACAGGAGAGAAACCUUUUAGUUGUGAUGAUUGUGGUAAGAAGUAUUCAUCAAAGUCAGCACUAAAUGGUCAUAUGAAAAUUCACACAGCAGAUAAACCUUUUGGUUGUGAUGCUUGUGGAAAAAGGUUUUUCAGGCAGUUAAAUUUAGACUUACACAUGAGAACCCACACAGGAGAGAAACCUUUUAGCUGUGGUGAUUGUGGGAAAAGAUUUUCCAGAAAGCUAAAUUUGAGCUUACAUAUGAGAACCCACACAGGAGAGAAACCAUUUGGAUGUGAUACAUGUGGGAAAAGAUGUUCAGAUAGGUCACAGCUAAAAAGACAUAUUAGAAUCCACUCAGGAGAGAAACCCUUUAGUUGUGAUGCAUGUGGUAAAGGAUAUAUCUCAAAGUCAUACUUAAAUGAUCACAUGAGAACACAUUUGGGAGAGAAACCAUUUGGAUGUGAUGUAUGUGGAAAAAGAUGUUCUGAUAGGUCACAGCUCAAACGACACAUGAGAAUUCAUACGGGAGAGAAACCCUUUGUUUGUGAUGCAUGUGGGAAACGAUUUUCGUUAAGGUCCAGUUUAAAAGGACACACAAGAAUUCACACAGGAGACAAACCGUUUGGUUGUGACGCAUGUGGGAAGAGAUGUUCCUCAAAGUGGGAAGUCAUCAAACACAUUAGAAUCCACACAGGAGAGAAACCUUUUAGUUGUGGCGAUUGUGGAAAAAGAUUUUCCAGGAAGUUAAGUUUAAAUGUACACAUGAGAACCCAUACAGGAGAGAAACCUUUUUGUUGUGAUGCUUGUGGAAGAAGAUUUGCCCUCAAUUCUCGUUUAAAAACACACAUGAAAAUCCAUACAGGAGAUAAACCCUUUGGUUGUGAUGGAUGUGGGAAAAGAUUUUCCAGUGAGCCACGUUUAAAUAGACACAUGAGAAUCCACACAGGAGAAAAACCUUUUGGUUGUGAUGCAUGUAGUAAAAGAUUUAUUGACAAAUCAGACUUAAAUAGACACACAAGAAUCCAUACAGGAGAGAAACCUUUUGGUUGCGACGCUUGUGGCAAACGAUUUAUUGACAAGUCAUACUUAAAUAUACACAUGAGAAUCCACACAGGUAAGAAACCUUUUGGUUGUGAUGCAUGUGGGAGAAGAUUUUCCUGGAUGUCACAAUUAAAAAGACACAUGAGAAACCACACGGGAGAAAAACUUUUUGGUUGUGAUUCAUGUGGUAAAAGGUUUAUUGACCAGUCAGACUUAAAUAGACACAUGAGAAUCCAUACAGGAAAGAAACCUUUUGGUUGUGACGCAUGUCACAACAACUUAGAUUUAAAUAGAGACAUAAUCCACUCAGGAGAGAAACCAAUUGGUUGUGAUGCAUGUGGUAAAAGAUUUACCGACACAUCAGACUUAUAGUGUGUUCCAUUUAUCCUCUGUAGUCAGAAUUCUCCACCUGCGGGUUGGAAAAUGUAACUGGAAUGGCCCCUAAACCUGAUAUUACAAGUUGGAAAGUUGGUGAAACAGUAAAGUACUCGACUUCGACAUUCAUGAUUGCUGCUACUCGCAGCAAUAUUGAGUAAAACCUUAUACUUUGACUGUUUGUAGCAGCAGUCUCUUAUUUAUCUAACAUUUAGUUGGGCGUGCAGGUGCUACCCUUUAGUGUUCAUCAGUGGGGAUGUUUCACCUCUAUUUAUUUGUACAAAAUACUGCCUAGUACAGCGUUAUUUUCAUUGUUAUUUUUUAAACAACAUUGCGAGUCCAUGUUUUUCCUACUGACCGACAGAGGGAAACUGGAAUGCAAAAUUGCGGAGAUGACGUAAUCUGUGAUUUGUGAGUUCGGACCUCCCAGGUAAAAGGAAUGCAGUAUUAAAUACAUGUGAGAAUCCACACAGGAGAGACACAAUUUGGUUGUGAUGCUUGUGGAAAAAGGAUGUUUUUUUUAAAGUCAGACUCUAGAAGAGACACAAGAAUUCACAUGAGAGAUACGUUUUGGUUGAGAUGCUUAGGAAAAACAACAGCCGAUCCAUACAAUGAUGUGAAAAGAUAAUGUAAUAUGUAUGAUUGUACUAGCAAUAUCCAGAGUAGUAAAGGAUAUGAGAGUUGGAGGAUAUGAGAGACAAUGUUAAUGAUUUGUGAUCUGAUCAGAACUUUUAAUGAGUUUUAUUCAAAGCAGCAGAGAUUAUGAAGUCUAACAGCAGUUGGGAUGAAGGACUUGUGGAUGGGCUCCUUCUGUCGCUGAAAGAGCUCUCCAGUGCCAUGUGCAUAGUGAUGUAAUCAGGGCUCUGACUAGUAAAUGUUUUGAGAUUUAAACUCUACUCUUAGCAAUAUGUAACCCAUGUACGGACCUCAGAAUCGGAGUAAAAAUAAUUUUUGCACUUUGUUUUUGUAAGGACUGUAGCAGUAGCAUUUUGAAUAUGUUGUAGUUGUCUUAUUGAUUUGUCUUAUUUAUUUGUUUAGAAAGUCCUGUAAAAACAGCAUUAUAAUUGUCUUGUCGUCUAAAUCUGCCAAUAUUUUUUAUGUGAUAAUUUUCAGUUUUAAUGAUAAGUUUAAUGAGGUUGUUGAGAUUUAGGUCAGGGUCCAUGAUCAUGCCAAUAUUUCUGCCUCCAUCAGAUCUCUUUAAACCAAUGGACUGAAGGUGGGCACCGACUUGUACGGUGCGGUUUUGCCCCAAAAAUCCAAACUUCAGUUUUCUUUAUUUAGCUGAAGAAAUGUUUUGGCAUAUCUGGGUGUUAAUCUGUUCAAUCAAUGAGUGAUUGUACCGGACAGUAGUCCCCUUGUAAAAGACUGAUAUAUAGUGGUGUGUCAUCAGCAUAAUUGUUAUAGUGUUUUUUUGUAUUUUGUUGUUGUAGCAGUAGCAUUUUGAAUAUGUUAAUGCUUUAUUGAUUUGUUUUGAAAGUCCUGUAAAAACAGUGUUACAGCGUUACAGUAUUCUUGUCGGGACAUCAGCCAUCUAAUUCUGGCAAUAAACGUGAUAAUUUGCUGUCUUAAUGAUAAGUCUAAUGUUAUUGUUGAGAUUCAGGUCAGGGUCCAUGAUCAUGCCAAUCAUGGAACCUUGGGAAACUCCACAAAUUAUUUUAUUGAGCUUAGAUCUGUGGUUACCUAUGGACACAAAAAUGUUCUAUGAUGAAAAAAUUAUUUAAGCCAGCAGAGCAAUGUGUCAGAUCUACCAACAAAACUUUCUAGUCAAGAUAGUAAAAUGUUGUGAUCAACCAUGUUUAAUGUGAUACUAAGAUCGAGCUAAACUAGAAUUAAGAUUUUAUUGCAAUCAGUAUUAAUUCAGAGGUCAUUGAAAACUCUCAAAAGAGCAGUUUCUGUGAUAUUGACAAAAACCUGAUUGAUAAACAUCAAAACUAUUGUUCAAGUCCAAAAACUUGUGUAAUUGUGGACAAGCUAUUUUUCUGUUAUUUUCCCCAAGAAUGGCAAAUUUUAUACUGGUCAAUAAUUACUGAGUAUUGAUGAAUCCAGGUUAUUAUUCUUACAGACUGGUUUGAUUACUGCAGUCUUAAGGGCCUGUAGGAAGGCUCCAGAAGAAAACAACCUAUUAUUUGUUGAUGGUCAGGAGCCAAAAUAUCCAUCACUUUUAGGAAUAAACUGGUUGGUAGAGUAUCUAAGCAACAGGAAGAGAAUUUCAUAUGAUUGCCUUCCAGAAAACCUCAGCCUCCUCAGCAGAUGGGAGUCUUCUCUGACCCUUCUUGUGAAGCACAUUAGUGUUGUAACUCCAGUCCAGUUUAUUAUUAAGGUGAACACCCAGGUACUUGUACGAGUCCACUAUCUCAACAUCAGUUCCCUAGAGGUUAAUUGGUGAGGUGGUUCUGCUGGCACCAGGGUAAAAAGCUCUGUAUCCACUCUGUACUCUGAGUCAUCAUCAUCUCUGAUGCAACCUACUAUGGCAGAGUCAUCAGAGAACUUCUGAAGGUAGCCGCCUGUUGAGCAGGUGGAGAAGUCUGCAGUGAAGAGAGUGAGCAGAAAUGGUGCCAGCAUCGUUCGCUCCGUUGUUCCCAUACUUCAGAUCAACCUGUCAGAGAUAUGGUCCCAUGUCCUAACAUACUGUGGUCAACCAGUGAGAUUAUCCAGUAUCCACUGGGACAGGUGGUGGUCCACUCCUGACCUCUCCAGCUGGUCCUUCAGGAGUUCUGUUUGAAUGGUGUUGAAUGCGCUGGAGGGAUCAAAGAACAUGAUCCUCAUGGUGCACUCAGGUUUUUCCAGGUGGGCCAGAGCUUGGUGUAGCAAGUAGAUGAUGACAUCAUCCAACCUGAUGCCAAGCUGGUAGACAAACUCCAGUGAAUCCAAUGAAGACCUUAUCAGGGUGCAAUGAUGGUUGACAAUUAACCUCUUGAGGGUCUUCAUCCAGUGUCAUGUUAGCACUGCAGGCCUGUAGCUGUUGAGGUCUUUGGGGUCUGGGGUCUUAGGCGCUGGUAUCAAUCAGGAGGUCUUCCACAGCUGUUUUUGUUUCCCCUGUGUCAGACUGAUAUCAAAGAUGUGUCCCAUGAUAGCACACAGCUGAUCUGUGCUGUACCUCAGGAAUCUGGAGCUGAUGCCGUCCGAACCUACAGCCUUCCUCACUUUUCGCAGUAUGUUCACAGUAUGUUCCUCAAUCAGAGUGUUAAGAAAAAAAAACACCAGGGUGGUGGAGGGUGGCUGAUUGAUGGUUGAUGAUUAAGUCAUCUGAAUGGAGGGUGGUGCUGAUUGCUGAGAGAUGUGCAGUUCCGGGCAGAAGAGUAGGCAGUCAUCAAAGGAUGAGGGUGCUUGCAGCAUGUUCAGGGAGGGCUUACUACAGAAUUUGCUCAGUUAGCCAAGUCUUGGUUUGCAUCGGUAAGCCGACCUUACUAUACUUGCGCUGAUACUUGCUCCUCCACUUUGUUUAUGAGGGAUCUUAGGUUUCCCAUGAUGAUGGAUGGAAACAAGGGUGUAUAUAUUUUCCUCCAGGUAUGUUGACUUUUCCACACCGGUCUCCCACAACCGUUUCUCCUUAUCUUCCAUGGGAUAUCUGGGCUAGCUGCUGCUGCUGUGGCUGGAUUGUUAGCCUUGGCGAAUUCUAGCUGCUGAUCCCUGGUAUAAACUGCAUGUUGCCAUCUGUUUUGUCCAAAAACAAAUACAGUAUAUAAAAACAAUGAGCAACAACAUUGACCAGAAAACAUUUGGUUCUGUCACUCAAAAAUGCAAAAAGACAGCGACAUACAUACAGUACUAGAAGAAGAUUAAAAAAAAAGUAUUAAAACAAAUUAAUAGAAAUACAGAGCCACUGGCCCAAGCUACGGCUCUUGCUGUGCUCCUCGUCAUGGUUCCUGGAAGUUCUGUUCUGAUGUACCGCAUUAUCAAACUUAAACACAGAUAUCAUAUUCCACAAAGGGAAAAACCCUUUUGCUGUGAUGCAUGUGGUAAAAGAUGUUCCCUCCAGUCACAUUUGAAAAAACACAUGAGAAUCCACGCAUCAGACAAACUGUGUAGUUGAGGAGGUUGUGAUGAAAGAUUUAACAAAUAUUCUAUAUCAAACUAAAGUAUAAUGAACACAGGAGAAGAGCUCGUUCGUUGAUGCUUGUGAUAAAUGUUUUUCCCUUGAUGUAACUUUAGACAAAAAAAGCACAACAUGUUAUUUAGACAUAAAUAUCUGCAAACUUGGGGCUUAAAUGCUGGGGCUUGUAAUGGAAAAGGGGCUCUUGAGGUUUUUUGUGGUGUGGCAACAUUUUUCAAUUGUCCCUCUCUGUUCUGCUUUGGCAAACUCCUUUCAUUUCUCCCCAUCGAGCUGCCGCCGACAUAUGGCUGAUCACGCUGAUAUCAGUGAAUAGCAGUCUUUUCAGGUCACAAUGUAGCCCUCUUCUGCACUGUUCAGCCCUGCUUCCAAGCAGGGCCAACAAAGUAGACACCAGGUCGGAAAAAAACAGUAAUGGAAAUGCCGGCUAAACGGGCAGAGUGGGGUGGAGUUGACCAAAGUGGAGCAAGAGGAAAAAGGGUCUUUAGUGAUUAUGGUGGGGUACAUAUGAGCUCACUUUUUUUUAAUCUUCUCUCAAAACACAUUUUUCUCUUUGGUUUUUUACCCAGUUGGAGAUUUUGGCUUUUUAGGUUUUAUUCCUUGUUUUUAUGUAUCUGCUCUUUACCUGACUUUUAUUGUACUUUUACCCUAACCCUUGCUCUCUGUUUUAUUCUGCUAUGUUCUGAAUUAUUUGCUUUUAGAAACUGUAAAACUCUUUGGCCAACUGAGUUGUAUCUUGAAGUGCUUUAUUAAUAAAGUUGUUGAAUUGA